AUGGCUAUUCGCGAGGAUCUAGUAGCCUCUGCCUCCCAGUUUCUCCAGGACCCCAAUGUCGCGUCAUCCUCCGUCGAAAACCGCAUUUCGUUCCUCCGAAGCAAGAACCUGACUCAAGAAGAAAUUGACGUCGCGCUGGCUCGAACAGGCGGCAGCGCACCCCCAGCUCCUAACGCGCCGUAUCCCGGCGCUCCCGCCGGUCCUCCUCCUGGUCAACAAUACUACCCCCCUUAUCCACAGCAUGCCUGGCAACCACCACCUCCCCCUCCGCGCAGGGAUUGGAGAGAUUGGUUCAUCAUGGCUACAGUAGUUGGAGGAGUCUCUUAUGGACUGUACUCCCUUGGAAAGCGCUACGUGUAUCCCAUGGUUGCGCCUCCGACACCGGAGAAGCUGGAGAAGGAUAAGAAAUCGAUUGAGGAUCAAUUCGACCGAGCUUUCACAUUGGUAGAGCAGCUGGCUAAGGAUACGGAGAGCUUAAAGAAUGCCGAGAAGGAGCGGACUGAAAAGCUAGAUACGGCGCUUGCGGAUCUCGAGACGGUGAUGACCGACCUCAAAGCUGCUAACCGACGACGGGAGGAUGAUGCAACUCGAAUUCGGGACGAGGUUCAGUCUCUCAAGGACGCGAUUCCUAAGGCUCUCGAUAACCAGAAGUCUCUGGCCGAUGGUCGGCUGCGCGAGAUCAACACUGAGCUUACCAGCCUCAAGACAUUGGUUUCCCAGCGAAUGACCACCAGCAGCAAUACCUCAAGCUCCUCAACGAUGAACUAUAUGCGAAACGCAGGUGGGAACGCAGCUGGUAGCAACAGCGCGACAACUCCUGCCGCCCCUGCGUCGACCUCCACUCCCGCGGCCAAGACCAACGGAGAGAAGACUGGGGUCGAAACAUCCACUAGCACUCCUGCAGCAGAGGUUCCCAAGCCUACGUUCCCAUCUGCUCCUCAACUGAACCGUUCAUCGUCGCCUCUUGCGAACAUGACUGGCAAGAAGUCUAUUCCCGCCUGGCAGAUGGCCAUGGCCAACCAGAAUGAUACUUCGUCGACUCAGGUCAAGGCGGACGAGCCCAAGGCUGAAGCAAGCUCCAGCUCUUAA